AAAGCUUCCAAAAUAAGAUUAUUUUUAUUAUUUUUUUACGCCCAUCCAUCCUAUCCACCCAUUGGUAAUUCUCCUGAGAAGAUUCAUUUUCUAUUUAAACCCCACCUUCAGCUACGAUUGACUCCACUCGACUCUGUUCUUCUUUCUCAUUUCCCCUUUCACUAAAUCUCAUUCUCUCCUCCCUGUAUUAUUUACACAUCUCACAGUACCAAUCGCAUUUACACAUACACACACAUACAUAUCAUGCUCGUCAACCUUGCUUCCAUUGCAACUACAGUGCUUCUCCUUGGCUCAGUUAUCUCAGCAGCCCCAGGCAAUCCGGGCCAGAUUGUCCAGAUCAAGUCCGGUACCAACUGGUGCAUGAUGAUGCCACCUGAGGAAGGCGGUGAUAUUGCUGCUAGUGAAGAUUUUGCCAUUGCCUUCUGCACCAACGAGGAUGUCGAUGCCCCUGGUGCCAAGAUCUUCCCUCCCGGCUUCAUUCAGUCGGCUAACUUUGCAUCUGGCAAGGGUUACGUCCAGGUUACUGGCAAGAUUGACCGUACUAAAUACAGCUUGGCCGAGACUGACCAGGGUGGCCAAUAUGAUAUCAAGGCACCUGUUGGUAAAUAUAUAUAUAUAUUUGAAAUAAUGAAUAUGUAAUAGUUGGAAAUGAUACUAACGGAUUUGUUUAUAAUCUAUUGAAGGAUCGGCAUGUGCUGGCUACAAUCACUAUGUAAAUUUAAUUGAGCCUCAUUCCAACACUUAUUGUAUCCGUUGCUGUGAUGAGAAGAUGGAUUGUAACAUCGG